GGCAGGGCUUGUGAUCAAGGAUUGAGGGUCAGAGAAGCCGGAGAGCCUCUUGCCAGCAUGACUCACUCAAAGUACGCCUUCGUGGUCGAACAUCUUGACCCAGAGUUGGGCCCUUGGUCUGCUCUGGAAUACAAGACCAUCGCUAAGGAAUCACAAGACUCUGGCUGUCAUUUCAUUCUGUCUUCGGUGCCUCAAUCCCUGCUCAAAUCUACAGACUUGAAAGAGAUCCAGAGAAUAGGUGGAGAGGCCAGGACAGACAGCAUUGAAACUUAUUAUGCAAGCAAGAAGGGAAAAAUCUGUCUUCUCGAUCCCGGUGCGAGCGAAGAAUUGAACCCUGCCGAUGCCCAGGUAUUCGAUACGUUUCUGUUUGGGGGGAUAUUAGGAGACGACCCACCACGAGACAGAACCAGUGAAUUGCGAAAGAAAGGCUUCUCCGGCAGACGACUUGGACCGAAGCAGAUGACCACCGACACAGCUGUACGAGUGACACGGACGGUGAUCCUGAACCAGAUGCCUCUUGACAAGAUUCCAUAUGUAGAUUACCCGGAACUCAGGCUGGACGAGCACGAGACGACAGAGAUGCCGUUCAGAUAUGUGACGGAUGCAUCAGGCAAGCCGAUAAUGCCAGAGGGCAUGAUCGAUCUUAUCAAAGCCGAUGCUGACAAGGCUUUUGACAGUCUUGAAUUUGUCGACGAGGUUGAAGGCAUGGAAAACAUGCAGGUCAACCAAGGUUAAAAAUACUAUCACGAACUUUCAGCUUCGACGUGUUCCACGCGACUGCCAUCGACAACAGCGAAUGAGCACAUGGGAGUCUGCUUUCGGAUAGAAAUUCAGUUAUGAUGAUCAUCUGUUUCUGGAUAUGGCGAGGUUAGCAUGCACGGUUCCAAAACGCGCAUCAUUAAAAAGGCACCCAGGAAAGCCAGCUACUCGUACUUUGCCGAGUUGAGCCGACUUAUACUUGACACGCCAUCAACGUUUGAACCUGGCAUGGGCUGAGCUGAAUAAAUAUGAAGCUAUGCGACUUUGUCAACACAGAUUCACAGCGGCCAUCAAGACUACUCGGAGCCAGCACUCAGCCAACGAUUCUGAAUGUGCCACCAACUUAGGCGAAGAUGAGAGUCUAGCGAGGGCAUUAUAUGUAGACCUGACGAUCGAGCCGCAGCACGUCUACUCAGUCAGCCUCCUCAGGCUGCCGUGCUCCCAUUCUAGUUCCUGGUUUUGAAUUGGGUACAUCUAGAGUUGGGAAGAGAAACGAGUUACGAGCGCACGCAUCGAGAUUGAACUACUUGGCUUGACCGAUCCCGUAUUAUCUACCUUUG